AUGGAUGCCAUUAAGUUCUGCCGUUUCUCCUUCAAGCUGAAUAAGGGAUUAAACAGCCUUGAAGGUGUUGCAUAUGUGUUCGAUGACGGGAAGAUUGUUUGCCCUCCUCAGCCUUCUCCUGUGAUUACAUGGCUUGCCUUUUGGAACUUUUGGCCGUUCGCCCCUGGCGAAAAUAACAAAAUUCAGAGCAAGUUUGUAAAAGGCUUCGAAAUUUCACUUGACUUCGACAAACCACGGCAAUCAAAGAAGCAAAUGGACUGUAGACUCAUUGAUACUUGCAUUCUAGCCGAGCUCAGUGUCAGGAGCGCGACACAGGAUACCGAACCACAGAUUGGCAAGAGGGAGGAUGAGACAAGCAAAGGCACAAUCCUGUCUUCAGGUACCAGGCUAAGCGCCACUUUCAAUAGUAACGAUUUAGUUGAGGAAUCGGUACCAGUCCUCUCUUUCCCGCACCGGCUGAAACCCAAUGCUUCGCCUGUGGAACCUCUCGAAGGGACAGAGUCUUUGACUCACUCCGAGGUCAUUUCAAUCUGCCCAGGCAUUUACAGUGCAUCCGGCAGUCUUAUAAAAAUGGCCAAGAAUAUACGACUGCAGAUUCUUGACCAAAAUCCAAAACAAGUGCCUAAUACACCACUGUUCGAAUUUCAAUGGACUAAUGAUCAGAGCGAAUUGGCGAAACAGCUUUUUGAACACCUUAUCCAACAAGGUACUUUACCUAGUCGACCGUAUAAAAUGGCCAUAGCAAUGUAUCGGCAAAAGUGCGGGCAUGUUACAGUUCCUCCAGGCCAGGUCAGCAUCAUUUUACCCUGCGUACUAAUGCGAGAAGACUCUACGGUAUCAAUGUCCUUCCUAAAUAAUAAAGCAGAGGGAAAGAAAUGGAGCAACAGGGAAGUAUUCAUUCUUAACGAAGACGACUGGCUGUCGACUUGCAACGACUUAUAUUACCUUGCAAUACAUGUCCCGAUCUAG